UGUGCCGGGGAUGGACCCGGCGGGAAAGAGUGGGAACGACAGUCGCAUCUGUGCCGGGAAUGGACUCGGCGAGAAAGGAUGGGAAAGCCGCACCUGUGUGCGGGGGAUGCAUCCGCUGGGAAAGGAUGGGGACGGCAGUCGCACUUGUGCCGGGGAUGGAGCCGACGGGAAAGGAUGGGAACGACAGCCGUACCUGUGUGCGGGGAUGGAACCAGCGGGAAAGAGGAGGAACGACAGCCGCCCCUGAGUGCGGGGGAUGCAACCGCUGGGAAAGGAGGGCAACGACAGUCGCACCUGUGCCGGUGAUGGAGCCGGCGGGAAAGCAGGAAAGGAACGACAGCCGUACCUGUGCCGGUGAUGGAGCCGGCGGGAAGGGAGGGGAACGACAGCCGCAGAGCGGCUCGGGAUGGAUCACGGCCACGCCGCCGCCAUCAACCGAAACGGCGGAGCCCCGCCCUCGGGACGGAGUCUCCCAAGCCCCGGAGGCAGUGUCCGGACGGGACACUGGUCCCUGCGUGCCACAAAAUACAGGCAAGCGGGAAAAGCACCGGCUCAGCAGGCAGGGUGACUCCGGGAACCGGAGCGUUUUGCUGUCCUUUAUUCCGGCUGGAACGCACCGCCGGAUCCCACCGGGCUGCGUCCCUGCACCCCCCGCGCGCUACUCGGAUGGUCGCCACCCCGCGCCCGUUUCCAGGAGACGGCGCCGGACGCCGGAAGUAGAGUGGAGUCCCAUUGGGCCAAGGGGCGCCAACGUCAGGGCGGGACCACCGGGCGGCGAGCGGGGAGGGGGGGAGUUCCCGGAUGUGGGGAGCACGGGGCUCCGCGUCCGUCGGGAACGGUCGGGUGCCGCCGGCAGCCUGUGCUGGUGGGGCUGCUCUGGGCAACCUCCGCAGUCACACAGCACAUGGCGUCCUCAGCCCUGCCGUGCCCUUCUGCAAGCGCCUAGUUGGGGGAUGCUUUUCUUGUGACAAAAUUUAGCCCUUGAAACAAGGGUUUUCUAUGUUUAACAACAGCGUGGAGUUUUCACUCGUUUUUUCAUUCUUGUUUUCAAGAACUUGUUUUCAUUUUUUCAUUGGGGAUCUGGGGUUUGAACCCAUUGAUGCAUUUCAACCAGUACUGAAAAAAGAAAUAGUACACUUAGAGGAAGGAGUCAAUGUUUCUUCUAGGCAGCAUGAUAACAGAUGGUCAGUUUUAUUAUUCCCACUCUCGAGGGGACUUCAGCAUGAUUUUAAACCCCUGUAAUAUCAAAAAGGAAAAAAAAAAAAAACAAACUCCAAAACCCCUCUUUAUUGUUGACAAAAAACUCAACAUGAGCCAGCAGUGUGGGCUGGCAGCCCAGAAAGCCAGAGGUAUCCUGGACUGCAUCAAAAGGAGCAUGGCCAGCAGGGCAAGGGAGGUGAUUCUGUCCCUGUUCUCUCUGUUCUUGUCAGACCCUGCCUGGAGUGCUGCAUCCAGCUCUGGUGCCUUCAAAAUAAGAAGGACAUGGAAGUGUUGGAGCAAGUCCAGGGGAGGCCAUGAAGGGCUAAGAGGACUGGAACACCUCUCCUGUGAAGACAGGCUGAGAAAAUAGGUGCUCUGUCCCAUUUUACACUGUAAGUUUUCAGUAAUUGCAGAGGUGACUUGUAAUUUAUCAAUAAAGCUACAGCUUUGAAGCUGCACAAGUAAGAUAAUUUUUCCAUUCUGUUUUUAAUGUAAAUGAGUAGUUGACUAGAUAUAAAUAAACCAAAUGCGUAAGUAGACAUCACUUUCUAUUAAUAAGCACAAGAAAAGUAUGCUUUGAAGAGGAAUUUAUUUAGAUUUUUAAAAAAUGUGUAUUUUAUCUGUGGUUGUGAUAAGAAUGACUGAUAUAAAGAAGAAAGAAUAGAGUAUUAGCUCAGUUGCACACAAGCCCUGGCAGCAGUUCAAUGGCACAUCUUAGAAUAAGUCAAUUUCAUUGUCCGGGUCCAAGAAGAUAAAACUAAGCCACAAUAACUAUCAAGUUACUGUCUUUUCUUCCAGAUUUCUCAUUUUUCAUCCUACCUACACUUUAUGUUAAAUUAGUCCAGGUUAAGAUUGUUUUUCUGCAAAGGGGGUAAAUACCCCAUGCUGGGAGAGUGAGGUUGCAUGAACUUUAACAUAAAUGAAGUCUGCUGAAAUCUUCAUAUAAUAGUGGCAAUAGCACUACAAAAUAGAGUGAGAGAAACAUACUAAAACAAACAUUUUAAAAAGUUUAGUAACACUUGAAUCAGAGAUUUAUAGCUUUUGAAAUUAAAUGUCUCCAUGAUAAAAAAAUUUCAGUAUAAUUAAAGGCAAACAUAAGGAGAUAUGUUGACUUAUACCACCUUUUUUUCCAACUCCUCCUUGUUGGGAACUAUGGGCACUUUUUUAUUGUUGAUACAUAUUUCAUUACAUGUCUGCAUGUUUUUUACAACCUGGGUACACAGUUUCAAUAUACUCCAGAUGGGGAAUUUUCCCUUUGAUUUGGUGAAAGAAUGGAGGAUUCUCUCUUCAAACAUGUUGCUUCAGGUAUGAGAGUUAUCUUGCAGAAAUAAAGUAUUACAAAUACAGAUCAGAGUGGUAAUUAAAAGAUUCUUAUCUUUGGCCUUUUAGUUAUUGUUUCAGUCUCUUACUCCUUUAUCCUGUUACUUAACAUGAUUUCAAGCAUUGUACUCAACUGCAGUGAACUUUUCUAUGGAAAUAUUUUCAGCAUUCAAGAACGGAAUGCAAAAUAUUCUCUGUCUUGUUUGCACCAUUUCAAUACUCUUAGCAAUUUGUGCAGCAAACUCAGCCUUGCUAUUUGCCUGGCUAUUAGAUGGGACAGUCAGAUGUAAUCAAAUUCUUGUUCUCAAAUAAAUAUAUGAUCUAAUUUAAGGCAAACUGAGAUCUCGUGAUUGCAAGCACAUAGUUCAGGCAUGCUUAAACACUUCACUGCUCUACCCUCAAUGGGUACUGCGUAAGCCUCUGACAUUUUGCCUGGUUCUCAAAAGUCUGACCAGUAGCCUUUAAUUUUAAUGUGUGUUUCCCUGUUUUGUAAGACGUGUUCUUCAGUGUGCUCUAAUGCCUGUUGAAAAUGCUAUACAGUUGUUUUAUUUUGCCAUAUGUACUAGCUUUUCUUUCUUUUUCAGAUAUCAUGAUUACUCAUGCUCUAUCCCAUCUUGUUAGUACACGGUGUUUAUUUCUAUUCCAGACUGACCCCAUUCUCAAGAGAAUUUCUAUUCUCGGCAUCUAGGGUAUGAUGAUUCAGUUGUUCAAAUAAAAUAUUCUUAUGUUCCAUUUGCUUGACAGUGCUGUCAUUCCUGGGAAGUGCACAGAGCCACUUUUCUGGUGUUUGACCUUUUUUGGCAGAUUGGUGGACAUGGGCACAUCUUUAUAUUGUACUUUUUAUUUUCAGAUUGUUUUCUAAUGUCCUCUUGAAACUGGCACAUAUUUUUACUGUUUGAGUGAAACUUUGUUCUUUAUUUUUGUAUUUCUGUGGUAACAUUAAUAUGUGAUUAUGAUAUCAUUUUGAUAUGAUACUGUGAUUUUGUCGCCUUGGUUUUCUGGUACAAGUCUGUUGUACUUACUGGUCCAGCUCAAAUUCAUUAAAUAAAUUCAAAUGUUACUGUUUUA